AUGUACAGAGGAUCGAGCUGGCAGUUGAAAAAUUCGCAGGCAGAUACUACUGUUCCACAACGCCAUGAAUUCCCUUGCUUUAGAUGGAUCGAGGUGAAACGAGAAUGGCAGGCGGAGCGCGCGCGGCUGCAGGCCAUGCAGAUGCGGGCAGUGGCGGGCUCGCCAAUCCAGCCGGCGAACGACGUGCCGCCGGUGACGGCCUACGGUGGCCGAGUCAUCGAGCUGGGUGCCGUGAACCGGUUCCUGGACGACAUCCUGCGCGAGAAGCCCGCGCGGUUCACGCCGGAGGACCUCCGCGAGUUCACCCGGAACUACGCGGAGCGGCUGGGCUCCGGCGGCUUCGGCGUGGUGUACCGCGGCGCGUUCCCGAACGGCGCGCCGGUGGCGGUCAAGAUCCUGAACAGCACGCUGGACCGGCGCGCCGAGGAGCAGUUCAUGGCGGAGGUCGCCACGGCGGGGCGCACCUACCACAUCAACCUCGUGCGCCUCUACGGCUUCUGCUUCGACGCCACCACCAAGGCGCUCGUGUACGAGUACCUCGAGAAGGGCUCGCUCGACCGCGUGCUGUUCGAGCACGAGCAGCGGUGGGCCCAGCUGGUGGGCGACGCCGGCCUCGGCUUGGACACGCUCUACGGCGUGGUCGUGGGCACGGCGCGCGGGGUGAGGUACCUGCACGAGGAGUGCCAGCACCGGAUCAUCCACUACGACAUCAAGCCGGGCAACGUGCUCCUCACCGCCGACUACACCCCGAAGGUGGCCGACUUCGGGCUCGCCAGGCUCUGCAACCGCGACAACACCCACCUGACCAUGACCGGCGCGCGGGGCACGCCCGGGUACGCCGCGCCGGAGCUGUGGCUGCCGCUGCCUGUGACGCACAAGUGCGACGUGUACAGCUUCGGCAUGCUGGUGUUCGAGAUCCUCGGGAGGCGGCGCAACCUCGAGCCGCAGCACCCCGCCGUGAGCCAGGAGUGGUACCCCAGGUGGGUGUGGCAGCGCUUCGACCAGGGGUGGUUCGAAGACGUGAUGGCGGCGUCGGGGAUCCAGGCCAAGGACCGGGACAAGGCGGAGAGGAUGUGCAAGGUGGCGCUCUGGUGCGUGCAGUACCAGCCGGAGGCGAGGCCGUCCAUGAGCAGCGUGGUCAGGAUGCUGGAAGGUGAGGAGGAGAUCGCGCGACCUGUGAACCCAUUCGCGUACAUCGCGAGCCUCCACACGACUUCUUCCAGCUCGAGCGCCGCCGCUUCCGGCGACUCGUCCAAGGAAACUCGGGGCACGAUGGGGGAAAUUGAUAAUCAGGGCAGGUGAUGCGGCGAAACAUGUUCCUUUCCUUCCUCGUGUGCAUAGGUACCUGUUGUUUGAAUUGUACGACA